UACAGCUGUUUGCUAGCAUGAGUUUCUCAAAGCAGCAGCUACCACGCCCGCUCCAGCGAGUCUGGACGGCGUUCAUGGCCGCGGUCGGCCGUCUCGACAAGUCGCUCUCGCCGCGGGACACCAUCAGCCGUCUACGCCAACACUCCUUCACCUUCUCCGACUCCAUAUAUCUAUUCCACCUCGCCCUGGCCACCUUCUGGAUCACCAUCAUGCAAGUCCCCGGCUUCCCGCUCAAGCUCAUGAUACCCGUACUCUACGCCAUCGCGCUCCUCAUACCCCUCACGUCGCAGUUCUUCAUCCCCGCGACCCCGGUGUUCGCAUGGCUGCUGACCUUCUACACGUCGCGCUUCAUCCCUGCGGCGUGGCGCCCGAACAUCUCUGUCGUCCUGCUGCCGACGCUCGAGUCCGUGCUGUACGGGGCCAACAUCUCGGACAUUCUCACGCGCUUCACGCACCCGGUGCUCGACAUCUUUGCGUGGCUGCCGUACGGCGUGAUCCACUUCACGUUCCCGUUCGUCGUCGCCGCGUUCCUGUGGCUGUUCCGCACGAAGGAGGCGCUGCACCUGUGGGCGCGCGCAUUCGGCUACAUGAACCUGAUCGGGGUGAUGGUGCAGAUCCUGCUGCCGUGUGCGCCGCCGUGGUACGAGCUGAUCUACGGCCUGACGCCCGCGAACUACUCGAUGCCCGGGUCGGCGGGCGGGCUGGCGCGCAUCGACAAGCUGUUCCACUCGCACGGGUACACGGUCGCGUUCAGCAACUCGCCGGUGGUGUUCGGGGCGUUCCCGUCGCUGCACUCGGGCUGCGCGACGAUGGAGGCGCUGUUCGUGUCGCACUUCUUCCCGCACGCGACCAAGUUCAUCUGGACGUACACGGCGGUGCUGUACUGGGCGACGAUGUACCUGACGCACCACUACCUGAUCGACGUCGUGGUGGGCUCGUGCCUGGCGAUCACAUGCUUUUACCUGUAUCUGCCGGACGAACUCAAGGGCGCGAAUGCCCUUGCGCCGCCGGGUGGGUUGAACUCGCCGUACGGCACGCGGCGAUCAAAGUACGAGCUGUAUGACCUAGAGGAGCCGCGCACGGCACGUGGACGGGCUUCCAACGGCAGCAUCAUGCGCGACGCGGCAGACUACGACCUUGAGGACCCUUCGGACAGAGAGUCGGACGAGGAGGAGAUGGACAUUACGUUUCGGUCGCCAGUCCCGCCAACUACGCCUAACUCAGCGACGCCGUUGAUGAAGCCGAAGGGCAUGUCUUCGUCGAAGAAAAGCCAUCGGCACACGGCGAGCAUCGCGAGUCUAAUACGGGCAGAGGAGAGGGCGGAGGACGGGUGGAGUCCGAUAGGCGGCACUUUCAACAUCCCGCCACCGCGGGCUGCUGAGGAUCAGAAGGCGUUAAGGCAUUGAUGGGUGGGUUUUGUACAUGAACUUCUAAUUGCGGGUCUUCGUCUCCAUCUCCUGGUGUAUUUAUGUAGCGUCCACGUAUUGUCAGCAUACUCACAUGUCCGUCGCUUUUAUCGCUCAGAACGCACACAUUAAUCCCCCC